AUGGCUCAGCAGGGUUUUAAUGAUUACUUGAGGUCAGACAAAGGUUCCCCACGUUCCGUAAUUAUGAUAUCAGCACAUGGAGAUGUCAGAAGUCCAACAAAAGAUGUCCAAGUGAAGCAGGAAGAUUUAGAUCUAAUUUUGAAUGAGGCCAAAAGAGGGCUAGAUAAAUUUUCCUCAUCAUCUAAUAAUAACCCAAAUGCAUGGAUGAAUGAGAUUCUAAACGAAGUCACUAAAUCUUCACCGGCUAAACAAGUUGCCAUUGGGGGCAUAUCAGGAUGGUGUUCAGGCUAUCUGAUCGGAAAAGUUGGAAAAAUUGCACUGAUAGCAGUUGGAGGUAGCUUCAUCAUUCUACAGCUUGCCCACAACCAAGGCCUGAUACAGAUCAACUGGAAUGCCAUAGAAUCAAAAGUGAACUCCACCCAAAAAGAAAUGAAAAAAUCUAUCGACAAAAAUCUUCCUGGAUUGAUUGAAAGUGCAAAAGAUUUUGGUCUCAAGUACUUAUAUCUCUCUGGAUCAUUCUGCGCUGGGUUGCUGCUUGGCAUAUGUAGCUAA